GCGCGCAGCGGAAGGGGCGGAGCGCGCCCCUGCAGCCCCGGCGGCGGCCGGCAUGGCCAAGCAGUACGACAUGGUGGAGUGUCCCUUCUGCGACGAGGUCUCCAAGUACGAGAAGCUCGCCAAGAUCGGGCAGGGCACCUUCGGGGAAGUUUUCAAAGCCAAACAUCGUCAGACGGGCAAGAAAGUAGCGCUGAAGAAAGUGUUGAUGGAAAAUGAGAAGGAGGGGUUCCCCAUCACAGCCUUGCGAGAGAUCAAAAUCCUCCAGUUGCUCAAACAUGAGAACGUGGUGAACCUCAUUGAAAUCUGCAGGACCAAAGCCUCUCCAUACAACCGCUGCAAGGGCAGUAUCUACCUUGUGUUUGACUUCUGCGAGCAUGACCUGGCUGGCCUUCUCAGCAAUGCCCACGUCAAGUUCACGCUCUCAGAGAUCAAGAAAGUUAUGCAGAUGCUAUUGAAUGGACUUUACUACAUCCACAGGAACAAGAUCUUGCAUCGAGACAUGAAAGCUGCGAAUGUCCUGAUCACACGGGAUGGAGUCCUGAAGCUUGCGGACUUUGGGCUGGCUCGAGCUUUCAGCCUGGCUAAGAACAGCCAGCCAAACCGCUACACCAACCGGGUGGUGACUCUGUGGUAUCGGCCACCAGAGCUGCUCCUAGGGGAGCGGGACUACGGUCCGCCCAUUGACCUCUGGGGCGGAGGCUGCAUCAUGGCAGAGAUGUGGACCCGUAGUCCCAUCAUGCAGGGGAACACAGAGCAGCACCAGCUCACCCUCAUCAGCCAGCUCUGCGGAUCCAUCACUCCGGAGGUUUGGCCAAAUGUGGAUAAAUACGAGCUGUACCAGAAGCUGGAUCUCCCCAAGGGCCAGAAGCGCAAGGUGAAGGAUCGCCUGAAAGCCUACGUUAAAGACCCCUAUGCACUCGACCUCAUCGACAAGCUGCUGGUGCUGGAUCCUGCCCAGCGGAUCGACAGUGAUGACGCGUUGAACCAUGACUUCUUCUGGUCAGAUCCCAUGCCCUCGGACCUCAAAAACAUGCUGUCCACCCACAACCAGUCCAUGUUCGAGUACCUGGCCCCACCACGCAGGAGGGGUGGGCACAUGCCCCAGCAGCCAGCUAACCAAGGCAGGAACCCAGCCGCCACCAACCAGACUGAAUUCGACAGGGUGUUUUGAGCAGGGGCUUCCCCAGCGGGGUCCCAGCUGGACUGCUCCACUGGUUGCAUUGAGCAGGGAUGUCCCGGUGAGGUCUUUCCAUCUGGGAAAGGAUUUGCUUCAAGGUGAAGUGCCUGCUGGCUUUAACCGAGCUCUGCCAUCUCCUUUCUUCAUGCAGCAGCUCACCCACCGCGGAGCUGCAUGACUGGGGAGGUGACACCUGUGAGCCCAGGGUUGUUUCUCUGCGGCUUUGGCACAAAGCCUGUGUUCCCCUGCAGCAGUCUGUAUUAGUUACAUUAAUCUUGUGGAUCAAUUGUUAUGGACCUGGCGAUGGCGAAAGUGGCUCUGUCAGUGCUGGGGCUCUUGGCAAACAGUGCUGUCACCACCAGGACUGGGAGUAGCUGCCCUGGUCCAAACUGGGCCCUGCUGGGAGAUGCCUCAUCUCUCUUGGGUGGUCAUAGCUCCUGCACAGCCUAUCCUUUGAACACUGAAGCAUUGAUGUAGGACGAGGCAGGUGCUUCUGAGUAAUGUGGAGGUGUCCUGGGGAAGGCAGAGUCACUCAAGACAGCAUGACUAACUCGCACUGGAGUUUGGGCUCUAGCCUAGAAAGGGGCUUACUAAGCGAGCUAGAGGGGUGGCUGGCAGAGCUGGUUGCUCCAUACAGCCAGGAUUUACAGUGGGAAUCACUGGUCUCUGUAACAGCACGCAGCAUCCUUGCUUUCUUUACUGCAAACUGCAAUUAGGAGUCUUGUCGGACACGCUCAGCCUGCUGCGUGCUUUCCUUGUCGUGCUAGCUGCGGCAGGAGUUUGGAUGGGGAAGGGAAUUGCAAGUGCUGGGCUCAGCCUUGGGUGAGACCUGCCAUCCCACUGUCUGCAGGGGUUUCACGAUGGCAUGGCAGUGCUGGGAAUGCUGUGCUGGGAGCAGGGUGACUCUUUAAACACUUGCACGUCCACUCCUCUGUCUUGGAGCUCUUUGCACGAGUCUAGAGCAAGACCGCUGCCUUCCCCAGAUGCACCGAACAGCCCAAGCGAGUGCUCCUUCACAGCCUACUGCAGCGGAGCCGCUUGCUGAACACUUUGUCUUCCAUGGCUGUAGCUGCAGCUGGCCAUCUUGUCGGUGAGCCCCAUGGAUCCCAAGACCUUCAAACAAAUAAUGUGUACAAAAUGCAGUGGGUGAUAACCUUUGGCAUUUGAUAGGUUGUCUGUUAACUAGGUUAAUGGCAAAAGCCACGUCGGUAGCAUAAGGUCUCAGGGGAGGAAGCGGUGGCGAGUGGGGCCGUUCUCAGGACAAAAAGUGAGGAUGAAAGAGGACGUGUACAAGGUAAAUCUCUCUUGGUGCAGGGCUCUGAAACAGUGCCUGGUUAGUGGGGGGACUUGGUUUCUUUGGAAAAAAUUAAGUUGAUAGCAAGCAAUAAGCCAGAUGACCUCUGCCGGUUGUGAAUAAACAUGAUCCUGUCCCAAACAUCUGGUUUUAA